UGUGAGCAUCUUCACCUCCUCCUCCUUCGUCCCCUUUCUCUUUCAGUCUCGGCCCUGCUCUGAGUGUCCUGCGGCUUCUUGAAGAGCUGAAGACGGGCCGGCCACGACUCGCGUCUGCAACCCGAACUUUUUGUGUCAUUGAGGCCAAGAGACUCUUAGCCUUCUCGGUGUGCCAUGUUGAGGCUGAUAUUUUUGGCCGCUCUCGCCGGACUCAGCCGGGCCAGUGAUGUGCUGGAGUUCACGGACGACGAUUUCGAAAGCAGGAUUGGGGACCACGAGCUCCUUCUCGUGGAGUUCUUUGCACCUUGGUGUGGUCACUGUAAACGUCUCGCCCCCGAGUACGAGGCAGCAGCCACGCGUCUGAAAGGCACCGUGUCGCUUGCCAAGGUUGACUGCACGGCCAACAGCAACGCAUGCAGCAAAUACGGCGUCAGUGGCUACCCAACGCUGAAGAUCUUCAGGGAUGGAGAGGAAUCUGGUCCCUACGAUGGUCCCAGAACUGCAGACGGGAUUGUUAGCUUCCUGAAGAAGCAGGCGGGUCCAGCUUCAGUGGAGCUCAAGACCGAGGGAGACUUUGAGAAGUUCAUGGCAGAUCAAGACGCCAGCGUGAUCGGUUUCUUUGCUGACGACAAGAGCUCGGAGCAGACCGAGUUCCUGAAGGCCGCCAGCGCCUUGAGGGACGACUACCGCUUCGCCCACACCAACGCCGAGGCCCUGCUCAGCAGCCACGGCGGAGAGGGAGUCGUCCUGUUCCGUCCUCCACGUCUCACCAACAAGUUCGAAGACGGCUCCGUGAAAUUCGACGAGGACAAAUUCACCAGCAAUAAAAUCAAGAGAUUCAUCCAGGACAACAUCUUCGGAAUCUGUCCCCACCUGACAGACGACAACAAAGACCAGCUGAAGGGGAAAGACCUGCUGGUGGCGUACUACGACGUCGACUACGACAAAAACCCCAAAGGCUCCAACUACUGGAGGAACAGGGUGAUGAAGGUGGCCAAGGGCUUCCUGGACCAGGGGAAGAAGCUGAACUUCGCCGUCGCCAACAAGAACCAGUUCAACCACGACCUGUCCGACUUCGGCAUGGACAGCGUCUCCGGGGAGCUGCCCGUCGUCGCCAUCCGCACCGCCAAGGGAGACAAAUACGUCAUGAGCGAGGAGUUCUCCCGAGACGGAAAGGCUCUGGAGCGCUUCCUGCAGGACUACUUUGACGGGAAGUUGAAGCGCUACCUCAAGUCAGAGGCCGUCCCUGAAAACAACGACGGGCCCGUUAAGGUUCUGGUGGCUGAGAACUUUGACUCCAUCGUCAACGACGACAGCAAAGACGUCCUCAUCGAGUUCUACGCGCCGUGGUGCGGCCACUGCAAGAACCUGGAGCCUAAAUACAAGGAGCUGGGAGAAAAGCUGGCAGACGAUCCCAAUGUUGUUAUUGCCAAAAUGGACGCCACAGCUAACGACGUGCCGUCUCCAUAUGAAGUCAGCGGAUUCCCCACAAUCUACUUUUCCCCUGCUGGACACAAAAUGAGCCCAAAGAGAUACGAGGGAGGUCGAGAGGUGAGCGACUUCAUUUCCUACCUGAAGAGAGAGGCCACCAACCCCUUAGUGGUGCCAGAGGACGCCAAGAAAAAGAAGAAGAAGAAGGACGACGACAAGUUAGAGCUAUAGAGGCUCUCAACAGAAACUCAACCCCCCCACCCACACCACAUAACAACAGGAGGAGGAGGAGAAUCGGGGAACAGAAAAUUAUAUCCCACUCGCUUAGUGAACUACCAAAAGCUCUGAAGCCGACGUCAAAAAGCCGGCCGCUCCUCUGCUGCUCUGGAAUCCUGUGGAAGGUGGAGAGGCGGCGGCCAGGGUCUGCCCGACCGUUUUACCAUAAUAAGAAAUUUUUAGGGAAGAGGGACAGCUUUUUUUGAAAUGACAUUUCUAUUUCCUCUGGUCUGUCUACUACACCUCAGACUGAUGCACUUUGGUUCGAUACCAGUUUCCAGUCAUCUGUCGCUUGUUUUUCUUCUCUUCAACAGAGGGGGACGACUUUAUUUUUUAUUUUAAUUUUUUUCCUUGUUCGUAACUGGUCUUUGUUUUUGUACAUUUGGAAGGAUUGUGAAAUAAAAGGCCCACAAAACCUAAAUGACUUGUA